UUCUCACUGUUAAUUUGAUGUUUUGUAAGAAUUUGUCGGCAGUAUUCAGGAAAACCAUGGCGGGACAACGUAUUUUUAUCCACACCAAAAGCCGCAACCCUUGAGCACGGAUGACUCUAAUGGAGGGAACUCACGUGUUUUAUUCCAGAAUACAAAUGGUACCUUUUCGUACCAAGGUCCAGUUCCACAUAUUGGCAAGUUCCGAGCAAAGGGUGCCAACAAUAUGUCUCAAUUCAUAUCACCGGAUGUUAAGAUGGAACUUGUCCACCGACAAUUGGCUAUGGAGGCCCGCGCUGAUCCAACCGUUUAUCCAGAUCUGCCACAACAGGUCGAGCACUUGAAUCAGUUGGUUCCAUUAGAACAAAUCAAUCAGCACCAUGCAACUCAGUCUGUCUACAAGGCAAUUUCUGUUCGUGAUGGCGUAACAUAUUGCAUAAGAAGGCUGCAUGGUACUUUCCGUAUAUCCUGUCCAAAACAAUUGCAACCCUUGGAAACGUGGAAGAAGCUCGUACAUGUGAACGUCGUUCAGCUACGUGAAGUUAUUGUGAACUGCAAAGCAUUCGGUGACAAUUGUGAGUUCGUUUCCCUGUGUUUUGAGUUUCCCCAAUUUCAACUGCCAGGUUUUUCCUCAACUCAGUUGCAACAAGGUGCCGGAGUUGUUGAAUGGUUGCUUUGGUCGUACGUGAUUCAGCUGUCGUCCGCGUUAAGGGCUGUUCAUGCGAAUGGAUUGGCAUCGAGAUGCGUUGAUCUUUCCAAAAUUCUUGUUCAUGGCAAGAGUAAGAUUCUCCUCAACUGUGGUGGUGUGGCUGACCUUCUCACUCCUGACACUCAAGUUCAGCAGUUACAGCUGGAGGACCUUCAUGCUUUUGGUCGCGUUCUUCUGGCGUUAGCAACUGGAAGUGCGUUUUCAGCGCGUCGUGAUCUUGUACAACAGAGCAUGUCUUACGUAUCAAGUCAUUACAGUAGUGACAUGAAAAAUUUGAUAAGCUACCUGCUAUCUCCACAACCUACUCGUAAAUCAAUAAACGAGAUCAUGCCUAUGAUUGGAGCUCGCUUUUAUUCGCAGUUGGAGAGUGCACAAAUCCGGAAUGACAUUCUAGAAAAUGAACUUAGCAAGGAGCUGGAGAAUGGUCGUUUAUUUCGUAUUCUUUCCAAGAUAAACACCAUCGUUGAACGCCCAGAGCACAAUAUGGAUCCCUCAUGGUCUGAAACGGGGGAUCGAUUUCUUAUAAAGCUAUUCAGGGAUUACGUAUUCCAUCAGGUGACAGAAAGUGGAAAACCUUGGAUGGAUAUGGCGCACAUUGUGCAGUGUCUUAACAAGCUUGACGCUGGUGUGAAUGAAAAAGUUCAACUUGUGUCGCGUGAUGGUUACAAUUUCAUUGUUGUUUCAUAUGGUGAUCUAAGACGGUAUAGCUUUUUGCACUAUAAAAGCGGAAAUUUUGUUCUAUCGUUUUGA